CUCCCCGCCUUCUCGUCGAAGCGCUCGGAUCAAAGGGCUUUUCGUCCAAAGUAUUUGGCAUCACCAAUGUAUUGAAGCUGCCUCCACCAUUCUCUAAACCCAACUCGCCAAAAGCUUCGAAAGGUUCGG